AUGUACCGGCUCCUGCGGGCCGUGACCACCGGGACCCCGACCCCGCGAGCGGGCGCCCGCGCCUGGAGCCACGAGAGCUCGCGCGGGGCGCCCCGGAGCGCCCGGCCGCUGCCGCUCGGUCUGGGCUGGGGCUUGGCGGGGGGCUUGGGGCUCGGCCUGGGGCUGGCGCUCGGGGCCAAGCUGGCGGGCGGCUUGAGGGGCGCCGUCCCCGCGCCGCCUCCCUACCCCGAGGCGUCUCCGCAGGCCGAGCCGCCGCCGUCCCCGCCGCCGGAGCCGGCCCUCGCGCCGGGCUCUGCGCCCAGCCCGCUGCCGCCCCACGGCCGGCGAAGCUUCGCCAGGGCCAUCGACAGCAGCCGCGACCUGCUGCACAGGAUCAAGGAUGAGGUGGGCGCCCCAGGAAUCGUGGUAGGCGUCUCUGUCGAUGGAAAGGAAGUCUGGUCAGAAGGUUUAGGUUAUGCGGAUGUUGAAAAUCGUGUGCCUUGCAAGCCAGAGACAGUUAUGAGAAUUGCCAGUAUCAGCAAAAGCCUCACCAUGGUUGCUCUUGCCAAAUUGUGGGAAGCAGGGAAACUGGAUCUUGAUUUGCCAGUACAACAUUAUGUUCCUGAAUUCCCAGAAAAAGAAUACGAAGGUGAAAAGGUAUCUGUCACAACAAGAUUAUUGAUUUCUCAUUUAAGUGGAAUUCGUCAUUAUGAAAAGGACAUGAAAAAGGUGAAAGAAGAGAAAGCUUUUAAAGCCUUGAACAUGAUGAAAGAGACCAUGGAACUGGACCAAGACAGAGAGCUAAAAGAAAAAGGAAGUAAAAGUAGUGAAAAGAGUGACAUUACUAAAGCUAAGACAGAGCAUGAUAAUGAGGCUAAGGGCCGGAAUCCAAAACCUCCCAAGAAAAAAAAUGAUUUUGAACAAGGUGAAUUAUAUUUAAAAGAGAAAUUUGAAAAUUCAAUUGAAUCUCUAAGACUAUUUAAAAAUGACCCUCUGUUUUUUAAACCUGGUAGUCAGUUUUUGUAUUCAACUUUUGGCUAUACCCUACUGGCAGCCAUAGUAGAAAGAGCUUCAGGAUAUAAGUAUCUCGACUAUAUGCAGAAAAUAUUUCAUGACUUGGAUAUGCUGACAACUGUGCAGGAAGAAAAUGAGCCAGUGAUUUACAAUAGAGCAAGAUUCUAUGUUUACAAUAAAAAGAGACGCCUUGUCAAUACACCGUAUGUGGACAACUCCUAUAAAUGGGCUGGUGGUGGAUUUCUGUCUACAGUGGGAGAUCUUCUGAAAUUUGGGAAUGCAAUGCUAUAUGGAUACCAAGUUGGGCUGUUUAAGGACUCAAAUGAAAAUCUUCUACCAGGCUAUCUCAAGCCAGAAACAAUGGUUAUGAUUUGGACACCAGUCCCCAAAACAGAGAUGUCUUGGGAUAAAGAGGGGCAAUAUGCCAUGGCCUGGGGAGUUGUGGAAAAGAAGCAAACCUAUGGGUCUUGCAGGAAGCAACGGCAUUAUGCGUCACAUACUGGUGGUGCAGUGGGUGCUAGCAGUGUACUGCUGGUCCUUCCUGAAGAACUGGACGCAGAAGAUAAAAAUAGCAAGGUUCCCCCAAGAGGAACAGUUGUUUCUAUCAUAUGUAACAUGCAAUCUGUUGGCCUCAAUAGCACUGCUUUAAAGAUUGCUCUAGAAUUUGAUAAAGACAGAGCAGACAUACCUUAACAUUACGGGGGCAAGAUUAGCUGGGAGCGGGGGGAUCUGAAUGUUAACUAAAGUCCCAAGAUACAUGAAAUUGUUAAGAAUAGAUUUGUAAUAGAGUUUAAUUGAGUGAAGAGAAUUACAUACCUCUAAUUGCUUCAGUUUUGUAGCUGUUUUGUUGUAUGACUAGUUCUUUAUACUCAGGGAAGAAACUAUAAUGUUUUUACUCUUUGAAAAGUAUUAACUAUGAAGUAAAAAUUCUAAUAAAAAUA